AAGGCCGUCCUGAUCCCCAGCUUUAGGAUUUACAAUCCCGCCCCCCACCCCAGUUCCCGAGUCUGUUGGCGUCUGGUUACCACAGCAACCGGCCGCCUCGCGGCAGGGGGGCGGGGCUAACGGGCCGCCGCCCAGAAGCGGACCUGCAACCGGACCGGGAUCCGGAGCGCCCCGCUUUAGGCUCCGGUCCGUGCUCACCGCAGAUUCCCCGCAGGCAGGGCCCCUGCCAUGAGACCACACUGAGAGAAUGUCAGUGAGCCUGGGCCCCCAUGGCCUCCACAGACAGACACCUGGCGCCCUCACCGGGCUCCCCCUGGGACGCCAUCCUCCAGGCCGUCAAGGACCAGCUCCCUUCUCUGGACUCCUCCUCGACAGCGGGGAAGAGGAGCUGUUCGUCUUCCAGCGAAAGGAAAGCAUCCUGAUUCCGGACCUUUCGGAGGAACUGGCUGAGGACGGGGCCGGUGGCGUCGAGUCUGGGGCCUGGGGCCUUGCUGAAGGGCCUCCUCCCGAGCUUCUGGUGCCUGUGGAACUGGCCACGCAGCCUGGGAGUGGAUGGACAACACGGAUGGAGGAUUCAGCCGCUGGGAAAGGAAGGGGCCCCAGCCCACCUUUUGCGAGCCAUGGUGAGAUCAGCUGUCUUCCCAGGACAGCCACAGAGACCCCCAUAAGGCUGGAAGGUGACCUUGGGAGCAAGUCUUUGAACACCACAGGGUCCCAGAGUCCCCUCUGGGCUCCACAGGGAGAAGCCACCCUCCCCCUCCAAGAAGGAGGCCGAGAGACAGAGCCCCCCAGCACUGCACCUCCAGACCCUGCAAGCCGCAGGGCCCUCCGACGGGCCAGGAGGAAGAUGAUUGAGGAGGACAUACUCCAGAAAGUGACCCGGGACACCCAGGACCCGGCCUGCAGUGACCAAAGCUGGGCCAAGGGGGCGCCCUGCCAGGCUGCAAAGUCAGGUCCCCAGCCACAGGUUCCUCCUGCAGGGGCUCAGCAAGGACCGCUGGUGCUCUCGCUCCAGCAACUGGAAGAGUGGGAUUUGGAUUACGUCCUCCAGAGCCUGGCAGGGCCAGAGGACACCCAGGGAAACCGCAUACCUGGAACGGCAUGGUGGGCGGCUGACCUCUUCCGACACCAAGGGCACACGGUGUGGAGAGACGAGGACGAGCUCAUGGAGCAGCUGGCCCUGCUGAGUGCCUGCCAGGCCACAGCCUCCACCUCUGCCCGGAGGGUGCCUGCCCACACUCCCCAGGAAGUCGAGGAGCAGGAGGCUGGAAGCAGGUGUGCUCUGACAAAGCCAGGCUUCCAGGCUGAGCCGGGCCAGAAGGCAGCCGAGGGCAUGAGGCUGAAGAUGGAGCCUCCCACCAUCUUCAUCGAUCUGCGGCAGACGGAGCCAGCAGGCCACCCCCGGUCCCCAGAAAGCUCCAGCCACAGCUCGUCUGACAGCGAGGAGGAGGAGGAGGAGACGGCAGCUCUGGGAGACCAGCAGGGCCCUGCGGACAGGGCAUCUCCUUCCUCCCAGGGGCUCAGGGCCUGCACCGGGAAGAGUCAGCUUCUCCAGCAGCUCAGGGCAUUCCGGAAGGGGGCGGCUCAGCCUGGGCCGCCUGCCAGCGACGGCUGCCACGGGCAGGAGGCCCAGGCCCCUGAAGACUCGGCCGGAUCGGGAACUGGCCGGAAACAACAUGUGAAACUCUGGCCUGAGGUACAGAGCGCUCAGGCCACACUCCCAGGGGGACGUCCCAGGGCUCUGGGAGACCCUCUAGGGCCAGGGACAGCCAGGGAGGCACUGGUGCCUCCUCUGGGUCAACCAUAGAUGGAUGUGGUACCAGGGUCUGAGAAGAAAGUAGGCAGUCUUUCCAUGGAACCAGGCCUGGUCCACCCUCUGUCCACACGCCUGCAUCAGCGGGUACCUCAGUGGGGCAGGGACCCUCACUUGGCCUGUCACUCAGCCCUCCGUUAGAAUUCAGGCGUGACACUGCCUGCACUUAGAGCAAAGAUGCAAACAGAGAUGUAUACACAAAGCACAACUACAACCCUGGAGCAAAAUGGCACUGAUCUCCUACCAGACAGGACGGAGAGGACGAGGUGGCUGCUGGUGCUGGGACCACGGGGCCUCUCCUCCUUUGUCCACUCCCUCCCCUUUGCUGUGACGGGCGCCUGUUCCUUCUGUCGCACAAGGUCUUUCUCUCAGGGAAGCAGAGCGCCCUCCUCAGCCUGAUGCUCUGGUUCCGGGGCCCUGCUCCUCUGUGUUCUCAGUGAGGCUGCGCACGUGCACACCGAGGGCUGCUUGAAAUGGAGGCGGCAGCGGAAAUUGCCUGCUCCUUGGUUUUCUUCUUUUAACCCAAGUACAAAGGCACACCGGUGACAGGGCCUCCCAGCUGUGAACACUCACACCUUGUCACUAACCAGAUAACCAGGGAGAGGGGCCGCUGGCUCCCCAGGCCGAGGCCCCUCAGGCCCGUUACCCUGGAGCUCGAUCCUCCAGCCUCCUGCCCCCAGGCGUGCGUGUCCCAACAGGCAGGAGCCCUGACCUGAGGCACCUGCAUUCUCUUGCCACCAGUCUCCAGGAUGCUGCCUCCCGCCCCCCUGCCCCGUGGGGAGAGCAGAGCAAUCAGUGUCAUCUCGGGCCCUACACACCACGGGCUCUACACACCACGGGCUCCUACACACCACGGGCCCUACACACCACGGGCUCUAUGGGCUCCUACACAUCACGGGCCCUACACACCACGGGCCCUACACACCACGGGCUCCUACACACCACGGGCUCUACACACCAUGGGCUCCACACACCACGGGCCCUACACACCACGGGCUCCUACACACCAUGGGGUCCUACACACCACGGGCCCUACACACCAUGGGCUCCACACACCAUGGGCUCCUACACACCACGGGCCCUACACACCACGGGCCCUACACACCACGGGCCCUACACACCACGGGCCCUACACACCACGGGCUCCACACACCAUGGGCCCUACACACCAUGGGCUCCUACACACCAUGGGCCCUACACACCAUGGACUCUACACACCAUGGGCUCCACAUACCAUGGGCUCAUGCAGCACAACGGGGCACUCAGCACUGGGCCAGAUGUUCCCGUGUUCAGCUGGGGCGCUACUGGCUGCCAUGCCAAGGCUGGGCAGGGGUCUCUGCACCAAGUCCUGCCAUGCAAGAUAGGCCUGCCCAGCCUCCGCCAGCAGCAACAUCAAACCAACCCCAGCCAAACGUGGCCAAGAGUGGGGCCAUGACUCCUCUCCAGUACCCCCUUCAUCUGGCCCUGGAGAUCCCAGUGCCAGCCCCACGACCAACAGGGAAGCGUGUUUUCCUUAGAGGACAAAUGCCAGACCAACCUCACCAAGGCCACAGGGGCCUGCCUUGCCCUCUCCAGGCCUGGCCACGUGUGGCUUGGGGCAAGGCUUUGUUGGGCAGUGCAGCCUCCACUCCAGCAACUUUUUUUUUUUUCCUGUAACCCUAUUUUCUCCCAUUUCUGCCCCUUUCAGUGCUACAAAGUUCAUUUAGAAUGUUUCACAAACAAAAAAUAAACUGUGUUCCAAGUUCA